UGUUCAUGGUGUUUGAGUUGUGCUCAGUUGCUAAAGUGAUUUCAUGUGGUUCAAUGUUUUCGAUGAGAAUUCUGUUCUCAAUUCUCAAUUAGAAUAUUUCUCUUCUUCUGUUCGCUAGUGAUACCUGGUGGAGAGAAAUUAACUCAUCUGUUGGAAUCUUUUCAUUCCAAGUUCAACCAAAUGGUCGCCAUCUUAUGUUCAAUAAUAAUACCAGAGAAUUUAUCACAACUUUUAUAAAGUUCGAAUUUGUUACUGUCACCUUUGUCCAUUUCCAAUCAGCGGCACCGGGUUACCAGUUAGAGAAUCAUAUUAAAAGUGAGUAACUGAAGAAUCGAAAAAAAAAUUCACCUUAAAUACUACAGUUUCGCAUGAGAUAUUGUUGAAUGUUGAAUUCUCAAUGGAAUAAAUUAGAUGAAUAGAAUUCAUCUAGAUGAAAAGAUGGAAAUUUUUUGAGAGAUUUUUUGUCAACGGUUAGAAAGUUUCCAAUUCUCUCCACCAGAUUUCACUAGGCAACAGAAAAUUGAGUUGAGAGCAGAAAAGUUUGAAUUUUCUUCUCACAAUUUUGUUGAUUCUUAUUCACUUGCUCACUGUCUUCUGAACAACUCAACAAGAAUAUAUCCUCUAAAUGCUGUGUUUUCACAGAAAUCAUGUCACUUGUGUUUCAAUGUUUUCUUUAUGUUCAUCAAUGGAUUAAUCAUAAUCAUCAUUAUAACAACAAUAACGAAUCUUUAUCAAUAUCAUGAAUCAACCAACAAUUGGAUUAUUUCUAUUACAAUUACAUGUAAUCACAACACUUUCAAUUGAUGGAAUUUCAUCAUUAUCAUCAUCAUCAUCAUCAUCCGGAAGUGAGAUUCCACCUUAUCUUGUGUUCCAAGAUCGAAGUAAAAUUGAACCUUAUUUCGACAAUACAACAUCUAAGAAUAUAACAACUUCUGCAGGUAAAAGUGUCUUCUUGCCCUGUCGAGUCCAUCAUAUUGGUGAUCGAACUGUUUCAUGGAUUCGACGACGUGAUUUAAAUGUUUUAACAGUAGGUAAAUAUACUUAUACUCCUGAUCAGAGGUUUCAGGCUGUUCACAUGGAAAAUUCUGAUGAUUGGAGUUUACAAAUUGGUUAUACAUCAAAAAGUGAUGCGGGAAUUUAUGAAUGUCAAGUUUCAACGAGACCACCGAAAAGCCUAUUCGUUAAUCUAAAUGUUGUUGUCUCUCAGGCCAAGAUAGCUGGAAGUCCAACAGUUUAUUUUAGUAGUGAUAAUACACUGAAUUUAACAUGUAUCGUUGAUGGUGCACCAGGUCCUCCAGAUUUCAUAUUCUGGUAUCACAAUGGUGAAGUAAUCAAUUACAACUCACCUCGUAAAAUUAAGGUACAAUUAGUGAAAGGAGCUCAAGCAAUGUCUAUAUUAACAAUUAACAAAUCAAUGCCCAGUGAUUCAGGUAAUUACAGUUGUGUCCCAUCAAAUGCUGAUUCAGCUCAUAUAGCUGUUCAUGUACAUAAUAACGGCGGUCAACCGGCGGCCAUGCAACAUGGUAAACGAAGUGCUGAAAGUUUAAUCAACAGCUCACCAUCAAGAUUAACAAUCAACCCAAUAAUCAAUUACCUUUUCAAUCCAUUAAAUCAACUUUUUACCUCAAUUUUAAAUCAACAAUCAACUAAUACUUGCGAAAACAAUAACAAUCAUCAUCUUCAACAUCAUCAUCAUCAUUAUGAUCAGCUGAUAGUUUACCUGUCAAAUGUUAUACCGACAAUUAUAAGGACACUUUGCCUUUCCUUUUGUCUUCCUUUAUGGUUAUGUUUUGUUAAAGAUUUUCAAUCAAUCCGAUGAAAAUAUCCAUUGGUCAGUUAACCCUAAAUAAGAAGAGGAUAUUUAAUGGGCACACAUACUGACCAAUCGUUGGUCAGUUGUGAGUGAUAACCUGUGAAUAUCAUCAUCGUGUAAAUGAUGAUGAUAAUAUAAUGAGGAUGAAUGUGAAAUCAAUUAUAUAAAUAUUAUUCUAAACAAAUAAUGAGAGAGAAAAUUAUUUUGUGUCUUCUUUUUGAUAAAAAAAAAUUAAAAUCACUCAUGAUUAUUAUUAGAGAUACAUGAUGAUCAGCAUCACAUGAAAUAUGGAUUGAGAUAAAUUCAAUCAAUUGGAACAAUGAAAUUUCAUCAAUAUUUCAGAGAAUAAAAGAAAAAACUAUUCUCCAUGUUGUUUAUCAUCUUUACUCUUCUCAACCUUUUCUUCUUCAUCAUCUUUACCCUCAAAUACAUCGAUCAACCUGCCAACAUGAGCAUCAUCAUCAUCUUCAUUAUUAUUACACACAUGAACCACUCACCUUAACCUCCCACCCAUUGAAUCAGCAUGGAAGAAAACGCGAAAGAAAGGAACACAUUGAAAUUUGAUCAUUCGAAGUGGAAACAACUCAACUUUUUCAUGAUCUCUUUUUGAAAGUAAAUUUCAUCACGAUUACAAUCACUUUCGAAGCAAAAUUUCAAACUGAUUAACUCAUAAACUUUUACAUCAAUUCAAAUUUACCACCAAAAUGGAUCAUCUUUAUCACCAUGAUUUUUGCCAUCAAACAAAUUGAACCUUCACCUGAUAACUUUUACCUUUACCUUUUCCUUUCCUCUUGUUAUCUUCCACUUUUAUCAUCACAAUCAUCAUUUAUUGUCAAGUUUUAACUAAUUUCUCAAUCAAUUCCCACUCAUAAACCAUGCAAAUGAACUGCUAUUAAACAAACAAGGCAAACAAUCAACAGAAAACUGUAUAAACUAAUUUGACGAUUCGUUUGAAUGAUGAGAUGAUUAAAUAACUAAAAUACAAUAAAAAUAAACAAUUUUACAUCCAAAUACCAUGAAU